CAUUGUUAUUUUAAAAUCUUUAUUGUGGGAUGCAUUUUAAAAUCUUCAUUUUAAGAAGCAUUUUUUUAACGGUUGAGAUUAAGAGAAGAGAUCGGCAGUUACCUCAUCGUUAAACUUUUCCAAAACAAAAAAACACUUUCUGAAAGCACUUCUAUAUAAAGCUCUGUGGUGGUAUAGACCAACACUUCUAUAUAAAGCUCCGUAGAUAAUCUAGAGAUAGAGACCACACUGAACGCUUCCAGACCAUACUAAUCUAGAGCAAUGCAACGCCACUGCAGAGGACAGAGGCCUUAUCAUUUCUUCAAGAUAGUCUUACCCUCCAAUGCCAAUGACACGAAGCUGAAAAUCCCACCAAAAUUUGUCAACAUUUUCCGGGAUGAACUUACUGCUUCUGCUACUCUCACUACUCCCAUGGGUCAAGUUUGGCCUGUGAGAUUGGAAAAGGCUUCUGACAACAGCUGUUGGAUCUGUGAUGGUUGGCAAGAAUUUGCAGAACAUCACUCCAUUGGUUGUGGGUACUUUUUAGUCUUUGGAUACGAAGGGGUUUCAAAUUUCAGAGUUUCUGUAUUUGAUUUGACUGCUUGUGAGAUUAGGUAUCCAUGUAACCCUUCUAAUGGUUCUCAAAAUCCAUAUAAUGGCAAGCAAUCUUCAGUCCAUCCUGAAGAAGAAAUGCAGGAUGAUGUUUCUGUUGAAAUCUUGGGUUCCUCUCCUCCAUGGCAGCCUCUUACUUCUUUGAGAGAGGGCAUUUUUGAUGUAUGUGUAGGUCAGCAAAUACACAGAAGAGGUUCCAAUCCUUUGGGAAGCAAGAAGCAUAAAAAAACUAAGCAUGGUUGUUUCAGAGGAAGCAAGAAGUGCAAAAUAGAAGAUCAUGUGGAGUCAACUAGGGUUGAUCACUUGAAUCCAUCGAGCUCUAGAAUCUUUAACUCACAUGGCUUAUCGUUGGGGAAGGCCAAAGCAAAAUAUAGAAAUCAUAAUCAAACAGAUUGUGAGGACUCAUUGAUUAAAAACAGGAAGGAAGCAAAGACAAAUGCUAGAACUCUAUUGCCAAAGAGAUGUGGAAGAACUAAAAGCAGGGAGAGGAUUAUUCAUGCUGCUAGAAUGCUUAAGCCUGCAAACCCUUCCUUCACUAUUAUCAUGAAGCCAUAUAAGAACAGACUCCUGUAUGUGCCUACUGAAUUUGGUAGAAAGUAUUUAAAGAGGAAAUCAAUCAAACUUGAGGAUUCUACGGGAAGACAGUGGUUGCUCUCAUGCCUUUUCAACGGAGGCAGAAACAUAAGGCUAAGCAAGGGUUGGAAUGAAUUUGUGGAAGAGAAAAAUCUGAAAGAAGGAGAUGUCUGUGUCUUUGAGCUGGUGCAGAGGGAGGAUGUUGUGCUGAAGGUGUCCAUAUUUCAAUGGUGAACAAAACCUCAAGUCUGAAUCAAUAUUCUGCAUUGCUGGUUCAAUGUGAAAUCAUACUGACUACAAUUUCAUGUCGAGUUACUUUUUGAAUUGCCAAGCUUGAUCAGUAAUCUAUGCCCUUUUUUAGUUGUUAUCUUAUUCUCAUGAGCACUGAAUUUUUCUUCAAGUUUUUCA